AUGGUACAUGAGCAAAAAAUUGGCUCGAGUCAUGAUGUUACUGUUGGCACUUCAAAAGAUCAAAUGGAACAACGAGAGAGACAAAAUAAUCCUUCGUUGAGACCGAUCGAACAAAUUCCUAAAACAAAGGAAAUGCCAACAACAACAAAGAAACCAAGUUGGCAAAUCGUUCGAGAUAUUUCAAUGAAUAUUUUAUCUAGACAGGCAACAAAAUUAAGUAGUAAACCAGGUGUUAAGUCUGAUUUAAUUAGUUCACGACCUAUUAUAAGGCAACAUUCAAUAUAUGGAGCAUCAACAAUUUCAAAAUCUCGACAUCCAUUUCAAACACCUCUAAUGCCAACAGAUAAAGAAGCAACUCGCGUCGCUAUUGCUUAUGAAUUGUUCUGUUCUUUUUGUGACGGUCCUUGUAUUGGUAGCUAUCUUCGUUGUCGCGUUUGUAUUAAAGCAUAUCAUUCUCAAUGUCUUUUUGAACGUGGUUAUAUUAACGAUCCAACAUUUAAACUACCACGUUUAGCAAAACAGGAUUGGAGUUGUCCAGAAUGUAGAGAUCUUACUCGAUUACUCAAUGACGAUGAACUUCAUCAUUUAAUGCAGGCAUUCGAACUAAUCGAUACAAAUCAAGAUGGUUAUAUUACUUUUGAAGAAUUUCUUUCACUACAAUUAAAUACAACAAUAUCAGCUGAUUUUCAUGCGUUUAUCCAAAAUAAUGUUGCUUUAGCAAAAAUAUAUUUCAGUUUAAUGGAUUCAACACAACAAGGUGUUAUUGCUUGGUCAGAUUUUGCUCUUCUUUAUAGUUGUAAAAUAAUUGCUGCUAAAGAUAAAAUUGAAUUAACGGCAAAAUUGACGAAAAAAGAAGUGGUUUUCGCAAAAACUCUGUUUUUAAAAGAUCCACGAAAAACAUUUGACAAUAAAUUGAAUAUAAUAAUAACAAGAAAACAUUUCAAGCAAAUUCAUCAUGAUCUUAUUGUACUACUCAAAAAUAAAUAUGGCAACGAUUUUAUCCGUACAGUUUUAGGAGACGACAAUGAUGAAGAAGAAAUAUCUCAAAACCUUUCUCUGAUGAACUGGAGUGAAUUUCUUCGCGAAAUUUCUCUUCUUAUUUUAUUGAAUCGUUCGAAUGGUGGCCAUGCACAUCAGCAAGCACGUGCAACAAUUCCUGCUCAUCUUUCCAAUUUAUUAUUUUUUUCAGGCUCAAAACUGUCUACUAACGAAGAAGAUUCACUAAGUAGAGUAACAUUUUCGCGGAUAGAGACGCCAAGUGCAUCAAUGUUCUUACCGGAUAUAUCAUUUGAUGACUCAUUUCGUAAACAUGCCAAAAUAUUAGAAAAGUUAAAUAAACGAGAUCAACAACCAAUAUCAAAACGAAAACAAAUAGGGUCAUCGAUAUAUUAUACAAUCAUUGAAGACAUUGAGAAAAAAGAAAAUAUAAAUUUACCUAAAUUGAAACCUGAUGCUCGAGAUGAUCGACGAGCAAUUACUGAUCCGUGGACAUCAGUGAAAGAAAUACAACAAUUAAGAAAUAUGCCAAUACUUGUGAAAAAGACUAGCGUUAAUAUUAUUAAAAUUUAA